AUGGCCACCUACGACCAUUCGCGCGUCUACUUGGAGAACUUCUGCUCCUCCUCCGCUGCUGGACUUCACUACGACAUGUCCAACAUGUCAAUCGCAAACGUCUCUUCCUCGUCUACCUCGACCGAACUUGAUGCACGUCACGAUAUCACUGACAACGCUACACUCGCUUCAACCUCCGCCUUGUCGUCGUUGCCACCUCAACACGCGGGGCAAUCUCGACCCAUCGAACAUCGCACCAUGUAUGCGCCGGCUGUCGACGUCUCGACGGUCUCGGUAACCACGCAAUUGCAUCGACCACCGUCCAAAUCGCAUUCAAUAUCCUCGGUCGAUUCGGUGGCGUCCGUCUCGUCUGCUGCACCUUCGACUCCAACGCAUGACGUUGAUGAUAUCCUGUUCGACAUGGAAACCAUCGCCAAACGAACGCAACUUUCUGCGGAAUCAUAUCAUGUUGUUGGAAAACAACUUCUAUCGCCGCCGUCACAUCCCGCACCUCAACCUGGACCGUCACGCCACUCUAUCGACCACACUCAUGCUCCUGCUCCUGAUCCUGCCGCUGCUGCUGCUGAAAACAAAACCGCCGUCGCUCCCUCUCAUCCCGCCUCACGCAAUGAAAAAACGAAAUCGGCCAUCAGCUUUCGCGUCGGCAGCAAGUACAAAGUCUGCGAGAUCAUCGGCGAAGGAGCCUACGGUGUCGUAUGCAGCGCUAUUCAUCGUGCUACAGGUCAAAAGGUAGCUAUCAAGAAGAUUCAGCCCUUCGAACAUCAGAUGUUUGCCCUUCGCACCCUGCGCGAGCUCAAGCUCCUUCGCUUCUUCCAAGAAUGCGAUGUCUCCGAAAACAUCAUCAGCAUCCUCGACAUCAUCAAGCCUAGCACCUACGAGGCAUUCACUGAAGUCUACCUCGUCCAGGAACUCAUGGAGACCGACCUUCACCGUGUGAUUCGAACCCAAGAGCUGUCGGACGACCACUGUCAAUACUUCACCUACCAGACGCUGCGUGCCUUGAAGCCGAUGCACUGCGCUGAUGUCAUCCACCGCGAUCUCAAGCCGAGCAACGUACUAUUGAACGCCAACUGCGACUUGAAGGUCUGCGACUUUGGUCUUGCUCGUUCCGUGCUUACUGCAGACCAGGAUACGGGUUUCAUGACCGAGUAUGUUGCCACUCGCUGGUACCGUGCUCCUGAGAUCAUGCUCACCUUCAAGCAGUACACCAAGGCCAUCGACAUCUGGGCUGUUGGCUGUAUCUUGGCUGAGAUGCUCACCGGUCGCCCUCUCUUCCCCGGUCGCGACUACCACCAGCAACUUUCGCUCAUCCUCGACGUCCUAGGCACACCGACGCUUGAAGAGUUCCACAACAUCAACAGCCGUCGAUCGCGGGACUACAUUCGUUCAAUGCCCUUGCGCAAGAGACGCAACUUCCACGAGAUGUUCCCCAAAGCUUCUCCUGAAGCGAUCGACUUCUUGCAAAGGACGCUGACGUUUGACCCAAGGAACAGGAUGACAGUGGAAGAAUGUCUGCAGCACCCGUAUCUUUCGGCUUAUCACGAUCCUGAUGAUGAACCUGGUGCGCCUAGGUUGGACCCUGACUUUUUCUACUUUGAUACGCAAAAGGAGAGUAUCACGAAAGAGGAUCUGAGGAAGGAGCUCUGGUACCAGGUUCAGGAGUUCCAGCCUUUGCUCCGUUAA